AUGAAUUAACAAUAUCUAUAAGUUCCUAUGUCAUAAAGUAGAUAGUCAUUCACUAAUGAUAAGUACUAAACUACUUCAGCUGUGGUUUCGAGUGCUGAAAAGUAAAUUUAGUAUUUUAAAUUAGACGUGUGAUUGAGAUCAAUUAAAGUACAAAAAAGAGUAUAAUAUAUGAAGAUAAGUAAAUAACUAAUCAUAUUAAUAGACGUUAUGAAGAAUUAUUACAAGACAAUAGAAAAUUGAAAGAAGUGAUUGAACAAUUAGAUAAGGACAAUUAAUAAUUGAAGCAAAUGUCAGGAGAAAGUUAUAAUUUAAAGCAAAAAUAUAUGAUUAAUCAAGCUGAAUUAGAAGCAGCUUAAUAAGAAUUGGCAAAAUUACGAUCAUAAUUAUUAAUGAGAAAUUCAUAAGAUGCUGAAUCAUCAAGUUUAGUUACUAGAUACAAAUAAGACAUUUCUACAUUAACUUAAUAAUAAAUAAGAUCUUAAUAAGGUAUUCUAUAUAAUAUUUAAACAUUUAGAGAUUACUUAACUUAAUGCCAUAUUAGCUGAAUAGAGAAAAUAAGUAGAUGAAUUUUUGAGAAUGAAGAUCAAAUAUGAAUAGGAUAUAUAGACUUAUAAAAAUAGAGCAUCUUCUUUGGAAUUAGAAAUUAGAACUGUUAAAGAACAAAGGAAUUCUACUACUUAGAGUGAAAUUACUAGACUGAUGUAGGAAAUAGCAAGAUAUCAAUCUGAGGUUUAAGUAAGAACUUCAGAUAAGGAACUAUAUGAAAGAACUAUUUAAACUUUAAAAGAUAAAAUUAAAGAAAUGGAUAACGAUAUUCAAAUAUUAAUAGAAGCACAUAAUUAAAACUAAUAUAAAUUGGAAUCUGCAAUGGCAGAAUCAAAAGGUAAUAUGUAAUAUGAAAUUGAUCAAUUAAGAUAAGAAGUAAAUUUCUAUUAAACUUAAUGCAAAUAAUGGUAAGAGAAAUGUUAAGUAUUUGAAUUAUAAAAGGAAGAAAGUGAGAGAAGAAUUAUUUAAAUGGAAAUUAGAGUAAAUGAAACUAAAAAAUAAAUAGAAUAAUAAUAAAAUGAAAAAAUAUAAAGAGAUAGUUGGUAAAUACAUACAAUUUAAAAUGAAUUAGAAAAUUGGAAAUAAAAAUACAUAUAAUUAGAAAUUAAAAAUAAGGAUUAUGAAUCUUAUAGGAUAAAAAUCAAAUAAUUAGAAGAUUAAAAUAAUUAAUUAAGAAUAGAAAAAUAGCAUAUUUAAGAAGAAUUGGAAAUUUUAGUAAGUGAAUUCAAAUAAAUUUAAGAAUAAAAUAAUGGAUAUAGAUUAAGUAUUACUUAAUUAGAAAAAUAAAAUAGAAAUAUAGAAGAAUCUGAAAGAUAUAAAAUGUAAAUUAGUUAAUUAAAUUAACAAAUAAAUAAUUAUAAAAUUGAAAUUAAAGAAUUAAAAGAAUAAUACAUUGUAUAAUAAUAAGAAAAACGAAUUGAAAUUUAAUAGACUACAUAAUAUUAAUAUGAAGUUGAAAAUCAUUAAAAGGAGAUUGAAAAAUUAAGAAGAGAAUAUAGAUAAAUUGAAUAAUUGUAUCAUGAAAUGGAAGUUUAAGUUAAAUUAUGGAAAGAGAAAUUUUAUAAUGAAUAAUUACAACAUUAAGAAGUUAGAUAAUUAUUGAUUGAUACUAAGACAUAAUAUGAAUCUCAUACUUAUGUUCUCACUUAAACAGAAUAAGAUAAACAUAAAAUUCAAUAAAUGGAAUUAGAAUUAAUUAAAUUACAAGAAGAAAUUCGUGUUCAUAAAAUAAGAGAGGAAAAUUAUAAAGAAUAAAUUACAACUUAUACAAUGACUAUAGAAAAUGUUAAAUAAAAUCAAGAUCAAUCUAGAAAGGUUAAAUAAUUAGAAAUGGAUAUUGAAUCUUUGAAAUUGAAGUGUAGAGAUUUAGAAAAAUAAUUAUUAGAUAAAAGAAAUGAAUUUAAUUUAUUAAAAAGUGAUUGGGAAGUAGAUAAAUAAAAAAUUGCAGAAUUAAAAGCAUCAAAUGAAGUACUUCUCAAAAGAAAACCAGAGAUUGUUAAAGAAGUUAUUGAAACUUCUUCAAAAUAAGAUAAAUUAAAAAUAUAAGAAUUGGAAUAAUAAUUACAUUUAUUCAAAUUAUAAUAGUAAUAAGUUUCAACAUCUAAAUAAGAAGUUAUUAGAGAAACUAUUAGAGAGACUGUGUAAGUAAGAAGUUAAGAAGAUAUCAAAUUGAUUGCUAGUUUAGAAGAAGAAUUGUAAUUAUGGAAAACUAAAUACUAUGAAUUAGAUAGAAGAAAGAAUUAAGUUGUCGUAGAAACUAUAAGAGAAGUAUAAUCAUCAGAAACUGAUAAAAUGAGAAUUUAAGAAUUAGAACAUUAAGUUAAAUAAUCAUCAGCAAAAAAAUAAGAAAUUAUUCGAGAAUAUAUCACACAGACUGUUGAAGUUCCUUCAGAAGAAGAUAAAAUAAGAAUCUAAUAGUUGGAAACACAAUUAAAUAACUUAAGAUAAGAAAAUUAUUUAUUAAAUUAAAGAAAAUAAGAGGUUAUAACACAAUAAAUCACUGUUGAAGUACCAUCUUAAGCUGAUAAAUAAAUAAUCUAAUCUUUAGAAUCUUAAAUACUCAAAUUAAAGACUUAAUUAGAUAUUGUUACUUAAAGUAAAUAGGAGGUGAUAAGAGAAAUAGUUACUGAAAGAAUUGAAGUCCCUUUAGAAUCUGAUAAAUUAAAAAUCUCAUAAUUAUAAGCAUAACUAUAACGUUUAUAAAAGGAAUAUUAAUAUUUAGAAUAGAAAAAAUAAGAAAUUAUUAAAGAAACAAUUACAGUCGAAGUUCCUUCUUAAGCUGAUAAAUAAAGAAUUUAACAAUUAGAAUCUUAAUUAUUAUAAUUAAAAAAAGAAUUGUAAAUAGUUUCAUCUAAAAAAUAAGAAAUAAUUACUGAAUACAGAACUGAGAGAGUUGAAGUACCUUUAGAAUCUGAUAGGGUAAGAAUUAAAUAAUUGGAAAGUUAAUUACAAAAAAUGUAAAAUGAUUAUUAUGUAUUAAAUUAAAAAAAGUAAGAAAUAAUAAAGGAAACAAUUACAGUAGAAGUUCCUUAAUAAUCGGAUUAAUUAAGAAUAUAAUAGUUAGAAUCAUUAGUGUUGUAAUUAAAAUAAAAUAUAUAAACAAUUUAAUAAUAAAAAUAAGAAGUUAUAAGAGAAAUAAUUACAGAAACAGUUGAAGUACCAUCAUAAAAAGACAAAUUAAGAAUUUAAUAAUUAGAGAAUGAAUUGCAAAGAUUAAAUUAGGAAUAUUAUUAACUUAAUUAAAAGAAAUAAUAAAUUAUCAAGGAAACAGUAACUGUAGAAGUGUCUUCAUAAGCAGAUAAAUUCAGAAUAUAAUAAUUAGAAUCAUAAGUUUAACAAUUAUAGAUAGAUUUACGAAUAGUUCAACAAUAGAAACAAGAAGUUAUUAGGGAAAUAAUUACAGAAACAGUUGAAGUACCAUCAUAAAAAGAUAAAUUAAGAAUUUAAUAAUUAGAGGAUGAAUUGCAAAGAUUAAAUUAGGAAUAUUAUUAACUUAAUUAAAAGAAAUAAUAAAUUAUCAAAGAAACAGUAACUGUAGAAGUGUCUUCAUAAGCAGAUAAAUUCAGAAUAUAAUAAUUAGAAUCAUAAGUUUAACAAUUAUAAAUAGAUUUAAGAAUAGUUCAACAAUAGAAGCAAGAAGUUAUUAGGGAAAUAAUUACAGAAAGAGUGGAAGUACCUAUGGAAUCGGAUAAAAUUAGAAUAAGGUAAUUGGAAGAUCAGUUUUCUUAAUUAUAAAGAGAUUAUAAUUAAUUGAAUUUAAAGAAAUAAGAAAUUAUAAGGGAAACUGUAACAGUAGAGGUUUCUUCAUAAGCUGAUAAGUAUAGAAUAUAAUAAUUGGAAUAAUCAUUGCAAUAAAUGAAAAUUGAGUAUUUGAAUUUACAAAAUAAUUAUGAGAUUAUUAAUAAGAAAAAGUAAGAAGUGAUAAAAGAAAUAAUUACAGAAAGGGUAGAAGUAUCAUCUCCUGCAGAUAAAUAAAGAAUUGCAUAAUUAGAAUCUUAAUUAAGUAAUUUAACUAUGGAAUUAUAAAUAAUUUCAAAAAAGAAGUAAGAAACAAUAAGAGAGGUGAUUACAGAAAGGAUUGAAGUAUCAAAGGAGUCAGAUAAAAGAAGAAUUAUUGAAUUAGAAUAAGACUUACAUAAAUUAUAAUAAGAUUAUAUUGCAUUAAAUAAGUGUAAAUAAGAAGUAAUCAAAGAAACUUAUACAAUAGAGGUUCCAUCUUAAGCUGAUAAAUUUAGAAUAUAAUAAUUAGAAAUGUAGCUUUCAUAAUUAAGAAGUGAAUAUUAGGUUUUAUAAUCUAGAAAAGCUGAGAUUGUUAGGGAAGUAGUAGAAGUACCUGUUGAAUCUGAUCGAAUAAGAAUUAGAUAAUUAGAAUAAUAACUUAAUACUUUAUAAUAAGAUUACUUUAUGUUAAAUUAAAAGAAAUAAGAAAUAAUUAAAGAAACAGUAACGAUUGAAGUUCCUUCAGAAGCAGAUUAAUAUCGUAUUAGAUAAUUGGAAUAGUAAUUAUCUACAUUAAGAGAUAAUCUUGCAACUAUUUAAAAAUAAAAGCAAGAGGUUUAAAUAAUAAAAGAAACAAUAUAAGUGAGUAAGUAAGAGGACUUAUUUAAGAUAUAAAGUUAAGAAAGAUAAAUGCUAUAAUUGUAAAAUGAAGUUUAAAUUUAUGAAAAACAGUUAAAAGAAUAUUAGAAUUCCUAUCUUGAGUUAGAAUAAGAAUUAAAAAAUAUUAAAAUACAACUUAGAAAUUCUUAAAAAUCUAAUUAGGAUUAUUAAGAAUAAUUGAAUUAGAUUUAAUUAAGAAUAGAUGAAGGAUAGAAAUAAAAAUAAAUUUUAUUAUAAUUUGAAAGAAGGGAAUAGGAAUUUGUAGAAUAAAUAAAAUUGUUAGAAAGAAGAAAUGAGGAAUUAAGGUAAGAAAGAGAAAGAUAUUCUGAAUAUGAAAGAAAAUUGAAUUAUUAUAAGGAGGAGUAAUUAUAAAAUGAGAAAUUAAUGGAAAGACUUAAAAUAGAAAUAUAAUCAUAGAAGAAAUAAUAUGAAGAAAGGAUAAGUAUUUAAGAAAGUUAAUUUAAGAAAGAGAUAACAAAUAUUUAAUCUUAAUAAUUGAAUAAUAUUAAUUAAGAGUUAUAAUAUUUAGAGAGUUCUAAAAAUAGGGAAAUAAAAGAAUAUAAAUAAUAAAUUGAAUUAUUAUAGAAAGAAAAUUAAAAAAUUAUAGAUUCAAUGAGAUGUAAAAAUGAAGAGAAUGAAUAAUGGAAGAGAAAAUAUAUUGCUUUAUCAACUGAAGUUAAUACUACAUCUGGAGAAUUUGAAUCUAUAAAAAUGUAAUUAAAAUCAACAGAAUAAAGUAGAGAUACUAUAAAAGCUGAAUUAGAUAGAGUUAAUAAAAUGUAUUUUUAAUGUUAAAAUGAAUUAACAUAAUAAAAAUCAAAAAAUAAUGAACUUGAAUUAAAAAUAAGAUAAUUAAAUCGUGAAAAUUAAGAUUAUUAAGAUAGAUAUUAAUCUAUUGAUUUUGAGAAAAUUAAUAGAUUAGAAUUAGAAAAUAAAAGAAAAGUUGAAGUUAUUUAAUAAUUAGAAUUACAUAUCAGAACUUUAGAAAAUGAAAAAAAGACAUCAAUAAAUAAUGAAUCAAAAAUUAGAGAUUUACUUAAUUAAUUAUAAGAAAAAGAACUUGAUAUAGAAUAAUUACAUGAAAUGGUUCAAGAAUUAUCAACAACUAUUAGAUAAUUAAAAUUAGAACAUGAAGCAAUUUUAGAUUAAUCAAGUAAAUAAUAGAUUAUCAUAAGAGAAACAUAAAAGUAAAUUAUUUUAUAUAUAUAUAUUAAGUAAUUAAAAACUUGUUGAAUUAGAAACAAGAAUUGAAGGUUUGAAUGCUGAAAUAUAAAGAUAAAUGAUGUUAAAAGAUUAAAUUUAACUAAAACAUGAUAAAUUAAUUGAAAGAGUAUAAAAUUUAUUAAAUUAUUAGGCAACAGAAUAUGAAUCAGAAAUUAAUAUGCUUAGAAAUGAACUUUCUAAAACACAAAAGAGAUUGAGCUCAAAUAAUACAAAUACUGCAUAUUUUGUAUCAAAGAAUUAUGAAGUACAAAGAACUGGUGAUGUUGUAAAUAAUACAACAGGAUUAGUUUCAGGAUUUAAUUUAGAAGACUCUAAAAAAAUUAAAUCAAUAGUGAAUACUGCUUAAUAUAGAUCUGAGGUCUCUAAUUACAAUUCAGGAAUUAAAGAAUCAUAAUAUUCAAAUAAAUCAUCUUCAUAAAUUUAAUAAUUUAAUCCUCUUAGAUCUGAUGUAUAUCUUAUUAUAUUUAUUAGAUAAUCAAAUAAAAAGCACAAUAUUUUAGAAGUGAAGAAUACCAAAACAUUUGA